AUGGGGGCUCUGCACACCGAAUUCGAACAUCAGCUUCAAAACAGCACCGUGACUGAGUUGCUGGGAGUGGCGCAUGCAAUCGGCAGCAACAAGGUGCUGCCAGCAAUCGUUAGCUGCAAGUUUCUGCUGUCCUCCUUGAUCAGCAUCAUCUUUCAGAUGGAACUGUUUUACGGCCGUAGCCAGCAGACGGUCAAAGGUGUGCAGCGUAAACUGUGGACAUGCUUUCUUGGGAACGUUCUGAAGGGGAUAAGCGAGGCCCAGUCACAAAGCGACGGAUCCGAGCGGAUUGAGAACAAUAUAAAGGUGACCCGUGACGCUAACAUCAUACGGACGCUCGGCGUACACUUUGAGCGAUUUGGCCCGCGCCUUGAUGGAACGAGUUUGCUGAACUUUAUCACCGAAAAUGCAAACAAUGACGGGCAAAACGAAGGAAUUCGAAGAAUCGUCAAAACCAAAAUCAUCAUGUCCACCGCUGGUGCACUCGAACUUUCCCUGCUGGAUCGCGAUCUGUGCUCGUUGCUGCUGGAUAUACAAGCGGAGAAGACGACCGUACGCCAAAAAGCCGUUAGUAAAAUGAUCACCAUUCUAAGGAACCGAAUGGUGGACUUUAUGUCCUACAUGGAUUCGGAUAAUUUCGAAACGCGAUGGUACGAAGUAUUCGACGCUGCCUUCCAAAGCAUUCUGAAGCACAGCCGCUCAAGCGGGGCGUCGGUGCACGGCAAGAACUACGAUUACAUUGUGAUGAUCGAAACAUUAGCCGAGUCCGCUAUGGACGGGGAUGCGCGCCGUCUGCAGUACAAACAGCUGAUCGAUUGCUCGGUCCAGGUGCUGAGGGAUGAGGCUUUGAGAACGAGUUUCGGAAAUUGCUUCGUGAAAUUGUUGCAGAAACAUGUUUUAUCCGUAAAGUGGGAUCUCACCGUGGUGACGCUAGAAGAAUGGCGCUCCAUAAUCGAGUGCUGUUUUUUGAACUUGGACGAGAACAAAAUUGCCAAACAGUCGGUGAUAAGUUGCCUAUCGAUAGCGGUUCAGAAGUUUUUGGAUAACUGUCCGAUGUCAACGUUAUUGGUAGACUAUCUUCCGCGCUUGCUGGACCACAUUCGACACACGGAGAAAGACAAAACACAGUACGAUCUCAUGGUGAUCGCAUACCACACGGUGCAGGCGAAAGCCUACGCACCUCAGAUGAAAGAUGAGAACAUGAAAAGCACCCUUCUGCGGUUGAUGCACCUACAGCUGAUAUUGAACAGUCCGGGCGGGAAACAGCACUCUCCGGACGAUAGGCUCACGCUUGACGUGCCGCUAACGGCAGUCGAUGAUCAAGCGCGAGGCAAAAUGUUUCGGCAGUUUUUCCACGUCGUAACGACGGAAAUGAAACAUCAGGCCAGUAAAGGAGAGGGAAAAUUCGCUAACGGUUUUCUUGAUUUUGCUGCCAGGAUAUGCUACACGGUGUAUUGGAAUGAAAGUGGCCCUUUGGAAAACGAGGGCGAGGGAUCGGCUCCCAAGAAGAUCAAACAGAGCCAUAAACUGCAGAGCCUGAUGGAUUUGGUUGGAACCGGUUCGAAUCUGUAUAACUUACAGUGGUUGAUCGUUCUUUCGUUGGUGCUGGAGCGAUAUUGUGGGGCAUUGCUGCUAGAGGACUAUCAACCACUGUUGCAACUGCUGAGCGAAGUACAACCCGUGCUGCAAACCGCGCUGCAGCAGCAAGCGUUUUACCGCUGCUGUAAGACACUGGUGUCGUUUGAAGAAACCCGUGCGUUCCGUUCGUCGCAGGGAGCGCUCAUCGAUGCGCAGUUUUGUAACGACCUAUGGUACAAGAUUAUCACCACUGCGUUUCGCGGUUGCUCCAGCACGGCCAGUAAAACAGCCGACGAUAACAGUUUGCUGGUGCAGCUUCUCGUCAGAUACCGCAAGUAUCCGAACGUCAGUUUUCUGAACGACACGAUCCUGGAGGCUCUCUAUUCGUACUCUAUCAAAAAGACGAACGCUACCGUUGGGUGUAUAGUGGCCAUUUUGGAAACUGAACCGAACGUCGACUGUUUGGGAGAUACGGAUACGGUGUUGACAAAGCUACUGGAGUAUCUGUAUCCAACGGCGCGUCAACCGGUGGGGAAAAUUAUAUUGCAUGGCAGGGGCCAGUUGGAUGCGAAGUUACUGGCCAAAGUGUCUGUGCUUGCCACAGUGACCAAACAUGACUGCGGUACGAAUGAUGCACCGAUACGCGAGCAAGCAGCUCGACAUUUGGCCGAAGUUUAUGUGGAGGAGGACGAUAUUUUACGGCAACUGGAGCGCAGACUCUUGCUCCAGAACGUGGAUGAAUUGAUCGUAUCAGAAGGCGGGAUGAGCAGCGUACGCUCCGAAAACAUCGCAGAGUCUUGUCAACGGUUUACCUACAAUGUGAACGAAGCGCUUUUCGAGCGACUGUGUAAGUCGUUAAAUUUUGAAAAACAAGCACUGCCAGAGCAGGACACGGCGUUGGGAAGUGCUCUCGGUUUCAUCUGCUACGAUCUAGAGCUGUAUCUUGAAAUCAUCAACAUAAUGGUGCACCACCAGGCCUACAACGAAGAGCAAUGCUUCAAGAGUUUGUUGACCAAAAAGGUGCAGUUGAAGUUCCAGGAGCUUAACCUUGGCUUCGAGCGGCUACUACGAAAUAGUGACCCGUUGAGUGGUAACGACGUGUUUAACAUCGGCGAACGUUUGCUUACCAUAUUUUGUGGUCCAUAUCAUGGUAUAAUUAAAAAGGUGCUGCAAAAGAUCGACGUGAGCAUGAUAUUGAAGUGGUGCACGAAGCAAAUUGUUGUAAAAGCAAAUGACGAUUCGCCGCACAUGGUACGGGUUGCUCCACAACAGUUGUCGCGGGAUCAACAAAUCCAGCGAUGCUUUCUUCUAACGGUAGCCCAGUAUUUGCAAUACGGGGGAUUGUGUACAGCGGAAGUGCUUGAUUUUCUUGACCAGCUUGAGUUGAACGUGCAUAGCAGUUUGGAUGUGUUUUAUAUUAACGAAGUUAGUCGAGUUUUACUUCGACAACCAUCCCACGAGUUCGUGGCCGAGUGGGUGCUGAACCAUCUUCAAGGUCUGUGCAAAUACCAUCACACAAGUCCCGGUAUCACGGAGCUGAUCAUCGAUAUGUAUGCCGAUCUGGUGCAGUUUGUGAGGCCGUACGAAAAUUUGGUGCGAAACGUGACGGUUAUUCUGCAUUCGUUUAUGAAAAAGUGCACCAGGCUUACCUAUUCCACCGAGCUGCAAGUAAAAAUAAUCGGUCAGGUGAAGUAUUUGCUGCAGGCAUUCCCGCAGCACUGCCAAUCCCCACAGCACGAGCAGAUAUACCUGGAACUUGGCCCACUGAUGGCCAGCUCCGGUUAUCGUGUCAAAAUCGAGGUAAUCCGAAACAUGCUACGGUUGUUCCAGUUGGAGUGGGUUUACGGUAAAGAAUCGCCAGUUCCUGCCAUCUACUACGAGUUUCAAUCGAAACUUUACGGAACGAUCAACAUUGACGAUAUUUACAACGGAAAUGGUGUAGACGAAAGGACGAACGCAGUCAGUGGCUAUUUGCAGCUACUGUUGGGUACGUUUGGCGUUAGUUUCGAAUGCCGCCGACGCUCCUUGCGUGACCUACUCCUGUUGCUCUCCGUUGGCAAGGUGACUGACGCCAAAGUGACAACACUGGUGCGGCUCGUGAGCCUCGUUGCUGGCAUUGAGUUUAUCAAAGUUGUGCAGACAAACAUCGACAUGUUGCUAGAACUGUGGCUCACACGGGGUCAGCGGUUGAAAGAUUUUCCACGCCGCUUGACCGGGGAGUCGGGCUCGAUCGAAGAUUUUAUGCAAAAACAUCGUAAGUCGUUGGCUUUUGUGAUGCUCUGCACGCAACCGGAACAGUUCGAAAGGUUUUGCACAUCUAUCCGUAUGGAGCCGGAACCAAUGGUGAAGCUGAUACUUCCAAGAUUUAUAGCAUUUCUGUUGCCACAAUUUUCCAAAUGCGAAGCGUUAUCUGCCAAGUACACCGCAAUGGCCUGCCGGGCACACAAAGCCCUGAAACCUUUCCUGCGCCAGAUGGAUCUGAAAUCGUACGUGUUCGACAUCGUUAAGCAUCUUACCUACCGGUUGAGUGACGCCGACGAGUUGGAAAAACUCCUGGAACACAACGUGCCACGGUGCAACGAAGAUUACCUUUCCGUUAGCGUUGUCCACUACACGAAAGCCACUGACCAUCUGAAGCAAUCGAUUUGCGAACAGGGUUCCGCGGAUGUUCCGUUACUUAGCUACCUUUGUGUGGAGAAGAAACACUCGUUGAUCGAAAAGCUACUAACGGAGGUAAAACGAUGGCUUUGGGCAAGCGAAGAGCAGCAACAAAAGCUGAUUCAUCUCCACCAAUACGUCGUGCUGGUGGAACAGCUGAGGGAGUACCUUGAUGGGAAGGAGAAUUAUGAACCGUUUAAGAAGUACCUUGUCCGGGAAGUGGUUUACUUCCUGUGUAAUCUCUUGAGCGCCAUUCCCGUCCUACGUUUGCCAGCUUUGAAUGGUUUGGAUCGGAUAUUCAAGCUACUCGUUUCAUCCAGCGCUUCCGAUAUGUUGUCGCAGCAUUUGCAUUUCAUUGUAUCGUCGCUGUUAGAGAUAGAAACCGUCGAACCUUUGUCUACCGUGUCCCAAAAGUGUCUUUCGUUGCUAAAUUUCCUGAUCAUAGAUCAGUGCAGUGUGUAUGCCGAAGCAAUAGGCAAAUUAAAUUACUUGCCCGCCGAUGAACGCUUUGCCGACCUGCGCGUCAAGAUUGCACAACAAAAGGCUAAGCACCGUCGGGCGGCUUGUUUGAAGGAUGAAAUUGUUGGACUUAUUAAUUUGCCCAAUCUUCGCUACGAUGAUAUAGCUGCCCUCAAGAUAAUGCUUACCGAACGCAAAACUGAAGUGCGAACAAUUUGCAGAGAGUUGCUUGAUCAGAGCGGUUCCAGCGCGGAUGAAAGUGUUUUGCAUCGGCUUAUCUACAUGUUGCUAGUUGUGGUGCGGAGUUCACCUUUCGAUAAGAGAACGAUUGAAGCUUUAAAAUGCUUGGGCGAACUGGGGCCAAUCGAUUUGGGAACCAUGCUUCUAAAGUCUGACAUCGAAACGGUUGCAUACGACCCGAUCGACAAUUUCGAAAAUUGUGUCAAAAAAGCCGCUGAAACUAUACUUGCCGAGCUCGAUGCCUUACUAAUCAGUAAAAAUGUGACCGUGGCUCGUACUGCGUCUUUGGCUUGCUAUCAAAUCCUACACGGAAACACUUUUCAUUCGGCAGUGGCUCAUCUUCCCUCGCUGCAGCCAUUUCUGGCAAGAUCGUCUGCGGACGUAGUAUUAUUUUGCCACGCAGCCGGUAGCAUUCCACGAUUGAGCGAGACACUCGAAGAGCACGAGCACAUUGACUACCGAUCGUUUGUGCAGCGUGUAGCGACCAUAUUUCUGGAAUUUUUACAGAAUAAAAUGCUGAAAGAGUUAGCUCAUCAAGAGCUUUCGUUUGCUGAAAAGCUCCUCCCAUUAACGUUGCAAUUAUCGUUGAAAUUGAGUAAAAAUGCAAUCAACAGCGAAAUUGAGACGUUCGUAAAUAAUUUUUUUACAAAAUUUUCUGUCGACGCCCGAACUGGGGACUCACUGUUUAGUGAUCCCAAGGCGAUACAGUUGAUGCUAACGUUUGUGGAAUGUGUCCGAAUUAACAAUCAGAUGUUCCCUGAAUUUCGCAUCGCCCUCAAGUAUUUGCCGAUCGCCAAAGCAGCGCGGUACUGUCAGGCUCACUUCAAAGCGAUCCUCUACUGUGAGCUUUGGUAUGAGCGCGAGAUGGAACAGAGCAAUAAAGGAGCAAAGACCGAUCGCUGCAUGCUGGAGAUCAUGAAAGCGUGUCACGCUGCGAUCGGCGUUAGUGAUGCUGUGAAGACAUUUUUGAAUCCUAUCUACGAGCGCGCUGAAUUUUACAGAUUGGAACACAAAUAUGCACGAUCUUUAGUCUACCAAGAUGCGUUCACGAGCUUUCGGUACACUGCCGGUGCGGAAACAUCACGGACGUACGAAACUUUACAAUCGCUAAAAGAGUGCAACCUUUACGGUAUCGGUCGAAUUUUGCCAGAAGCUGUAGCAGUGGACUACGAGUGUGCCUGGCGGUUAUGCGAUUGGUCUGUAGUAGUCGAGGGUGACAGCAGUCGCAGCGCUGCCGGUGAUGUGUCGGCGAAGCAAGAUGGACUUCCGGUACAGUCCGAACUGUUUGAACGAUUUCAUUAUAAAGCCCUAAAGGGCUUGGCACAGAAAGAUGCUCUGGCGGUAGACAGUGCGGUUCUAGAAGCACGCCGUGCGAUCGUGGCAAUGCUCCAGCAGACGAGCACGGAAUCGACGAAACACAUUUAUCUUCAUCUGUGCCGCUUGAGGCAGCUUCAGCAAAUUGAAGAUUUUAGCGAGAUUCAAUUCUUCAGGCAGCUCGACUGUGAGCGGGACUUGUUGGCCAAGUGGAACCAGCAGGACACACUGCCAUACAGUGAGUUUGGACUGAAGGAGAAAGUAUUAUCGCAACGCUUGUCUAUUCUCGAUACCGCCCGAGUGCGUGCCAAACGGAAAUGGACGCCGCAAGCAGUUUACAGCACGCUCCUGCUCAUAAUUCACGAGUCACGUCUUAGGGGAUACUAUGAUUGUGCGUUGCGGAACAUCGCGAAUAUUGGGCGGUCUGAAUUACCAGCCAAUAUCAAGGCGGUCGUGCUGUUGGAGGACGCACAGCUCAAUUGGUCGCUCGGGCACAGGAAACUGGCGUGCGAUCUCACGAUGGAGGUGUUGGACAGCAAGCGAUACGAUGAUCGGAUGGUAAAUGCCGUUGCCUUGCGUCUCUAUGGGCAGUUUCAGGCGGAAAGUGACACGAAGGAGGUGAAGAUGCUGCACACAGACUAUUUCCAGAAAUCGCACGAAUUUGUCGAACGUGUCGAUCAAAUCGCGAAUGCUGAAGAAGCGAGGGCUUCACAAGCGAUGGGGAACAGUAUAGGUCAGGAACACUGUUGUUUCGAUAGUGACCGCAAUCAUAUCGUUCUACACACGGUGGCCAAGUAUGCCGAUCGAGAAUUCGUAAGGCUCAACAAAGUCCUACAGUCACAAGAGUGGAGGAUACGUCAGGCAAACAUGAACAGAAUGAAGCAAGAAGUACAGCGGCUCACUUCGGAAUCUAGUCAAGGAUCCGACCAGAAGAAAAAAGAGAUUCGGCGUUUAGUUAUGAUGUCGGAGAAGAACUCGCAACGCGACCAGAAGGCGAUCCAAGCGGUCGAGGACGAUCGGCGCAGCUACCUGGUGAUGGCGCUGCUUUACUACAUAGAGUACACCAAACAGGGCACGAUCGAAAGUGAUAUGGUGGUGUUUCGCAUUAUCGCACUGUGGUUACAAAAUGAGAACGAAGAGAAAGCCCAACAGCUGAUCAACGAUCGACUGGUGCGCGUACCGGCCCACAAACUUCUACCCGUACUGCCUCAGCUAGCCCCAAGGCUAAGCGUAAGAAAUAGGAUCGGUAAAGUCGUGCACCGUACACUGCUGCAGUGUGCAAAUACCCAUCCCCAUCACACGCUGCCCUACGUAUUCGCGCAGUUGAAUGCUUUUAAGGAUCAGGAUGAAAAAGACAUUCCGCACGAUGACGACCGGCUGUUGGGUGCGAAAUCAUUGUACAAAGAGCUCUGCAGGUCAGAUUCUGGAGUAAGUUCUAUUGUGGAACAAAUGAAUCGAAUGAAUCUGGCGCUCAUUCAGCUAGCCAAUAAGAGCGUAUCGAGCACACCUAGCUUUCAGGAAUACGUUCUGACCUCGAAGGAUCCGUUGCGACUCCUGCAGAAUCUUGAUUUAAUCCACUGUCCCACCAUGGCACUGCCAGUUAUGGCGUCCGGCGACUAUCAACACCGGCUGAUUGGCGUCAGUAAGUGGGAGAGCAAAAUUGUUGGUGUCGGAGGCAUAAAUGCACCGAAGAAACUCAAAUGUCUGUGCACAGACGGGACGGUGCGGAUACAGUUAGUGAAAGGGAAAGACGAUAUGCGCCAGGAUGCAGUGAUGCAACAGGUAUUUGGCAUAAUGAACAUUCUACUGCGCCACGACAAGGAAACAGCCGUUCGUAAGCUACGUAUACGCACGUACAAAGUUGUGCCCCUGUCGCGGCAGAGUGGCAUCCUGGAGUGGUGCGAAAAUACGGUUCCGAUCGGUGUGUGGCUGGCAGCGGGCCAUAAAAAGUAUCGUCCCGACGAUUACGAUCCAGCGGUGGCACGAAAAAAAUUCCAAACCAAUGCCCAGCCAGGCAUGACGGUCGACCAGAAGCUGCAAAACUAUCUGAACGUCUGCCAAAAGAUCCAGCCCGUGUUUCGAUACUACUUUCUGGAGCACUACCACAAACCCGGUGUCUGGUUUGAGCGGCGCCAGAGCUACAUAAACAGCGUUGCCACCAGCUCGAUGAUCGGCCACAUUUUAGGCAUCGGCGAUCGCCACGUGCAGAACAUUCUGGUGGACAAGUUCACCGCCGAGGUGAUUCACAUCGAUUUUGGUAUUGCGUUCGAGCUGGGUAAGAACCUGCCGACACCGGAAACGAUUCCGUUUCGCUUGACCCGCGAUCUCGUCGACGGAAUGGGCAUUAGCGGUGUGGAGGGAGUUUUUAAAAAGGCCUGUGAGAAAACGAUGGAAGUGCUGCGUAACAAUCAGGCACCGAUACUAACCAUCCUCGAGGUGCUUCUGUACGAUCCGCUGUAUACGUGGAAUGUGCUGUCCAACAAGAAAGCCAACCGGCAACAGCUGCUGGAUUCACAGGAGAAAGAAGUCGGCCGAGAUGCGGUCGGUUUCGCGAGAGAAGAAGUCAACGUGACGGCAGAACGGGCUCUGAUAGAGGUGUCGAAGAAGCUUGAGGGCAUGGCGGACGAUAAGUACUUUUCUGUCGAGGGACAGGUGCAGAGGUUGAUCUUCAAUGCUACCAGCGAGCGAAACUUGUGCCAGCUGUUCCAUGGAUGGCAACCGUAUCUUUAAUUUCGUUUCAAUCUCUAUUCAACGUAACAACAAAACACUUUAUUCAGUAUUUUUGUUCUUUGGGAACUUAAAAAUAAAGUUAAA